AAAAACAGUGCGAUAUGUCAAUGAAUGACAGCAACGUCAAAAGUUGAAAACACUUAGAAUAAUUAUAUUUGUGCCAUGUAAAUAACGUUAUUGAAGGUAAAAACUGAACCAUAAAUUAAGCGGUGUUAAUUGUAUAAUGUAACAAAAAUGAGUUGGUUUGAUGCAGCAGGUUUAGCUAGUAUGGCUAAAACAGCCUUAAAAGAAGCUCAAAAGACGAUAGAUAAAGCCUUAGAUAUCAAGGAGGAUCCAAACGCCGCCUCUAUCAGCACACCCAUUGACACAAACCCGGAUGACUUCUUUGGUACAUGGGGUAUCACUGAAUCUGGGAAUUUCAAAAAUGAAAGGAGAAAUACAGAGGACACUAUAAAACAGGGAAAACUUUCAACUAGUUUAUGGGGCUCCUUCACAGGGUCAUUCUUUGAAACAGCAGAAGCUGCAAAAACACAGAAGUCCACUUCUAUUGAUAGUCUGGAUGAUUCAUUAGAUAUGGGAACAGAGCACUUCAGUUCUAGUAAAUUAGUUGUACAUCAGAGUGAUGAAGGUGAUGGACAAACUACUAGAUUAUCUAUCAGUGAAGGGGAUGAUUGUAGAAAUACAGAGACCUAUGCAAGUGAAGGAACGGGAACAGAGCCACUGAUUGAGAUUAAUUUAGAUUCUGAACCAAGUCAUCAUUCACAAACAAAUCAUUUAGUUGUUAAAAGAAGAGAGAAACCACCCAGUUCUUAUAUUAACAGAUUAUCUGCAAUCAGCACAGAAAGUGGAAAAAACAGUUCUGAAAGUUUGGAUAUUAUUACACCUAGUACUGAAUGCACUACAAGUCCUGAGAGUGAUGUACUUUCUGUGACCAACUCUUUGUCAACAUCUAGUUCAGCAAUAGAUUCUAAGCAAAUAUCUGAAUCAGUGGAAGUGGUACCAGAAAGUUUGACAAGUCCUAGUUCAGUUGAAGUUAUUGGAACUGAAAGUAGUAGCAGAAGGGAGUCACAACAAAACACCGACGAUUUUGUUUCACCUAUUGAAUCUCCUUGGGAAAAAUCUAGUUCCAUAAGUGAAAAAAUUUCGCCGGAAAGUGUGGAAGUGAUCCCGGAUGAUCUCGACGAGAACAGCGUGGCCGAAGAUACAAUGUCCUAUACAUCAAUUUCGGAGAGCACGUCGGCCACAGUCUUGGACUCUGCCUUCAACAUUUACAUGAAACCCCAGAUGAUGUUAAAGGACACAUACAUGCGCCAGGAGGUGAUGGCCGAAAGUGCCGGCGAUUCUGGCAGUCCCGACAAGAUUUUCAACGUGUCGGAGGCGAUAACUCGUGCCCCUAGUCGCAGCACCAUGCAUCUUCCUCUCGCGCAAGUCAAACACGUGCUAAUCGACACACAGCCCCAAAGCAGUAAUCAGGACAUACCUGAUAUUCUUAAAAAAUCGAACAUCAUCGACAUUCCGCAGGACAAUGAUAGUUUAAAGAGUUUGACUGUAGAAAGUCAAAUGGACACGUCGACUGACGAGGGUUCUCAGUCGGAUAAAACGAUGAUGGCGAGUGACAUCAUGGAAAGCAGCAGCGAUACCACCACCACAGAAGCUAGCAGCAAUUCUUCAUACUUAAAAAACAUGCUAGCUGAUGCCAUGACGGAGAAGAUCAGCGACAAAUCCGCACAGUUUGCUGACGUGCCUUUAGAGGUGGGGAAAGAGGACAGCUUCAGCAUGUCCCAACUGGAGAUGCCGCCCCGAGAAAAUUCCCCAAUUAGUUCGGAAAGCAGAUCAGACCUGGUAAAAAUCGGUUCUGAUUACACUUCUGGACAUACUUCUGGCGACGAACUUGAAACGACCACAUCCUCGGACAUUGAAAUCAUAUCAAGUCCUAACGGCGAUUCCAGUUCGACACAGAGUCGACAAAGCCCCGCCAAACAAACCGGCCACAAAAUCAAGCACGAAGACAGCACGGUCGACACGUUACUGUCGAAAAUGACAAUGAAGAAAGCCAAGGGUCACAACCGAGAGCUGUCCGAAGCUUCAAGCAUAAGCGACGAUUCGCACUCUUCGGAAGUGGAGAGGUUGAUCAAACGCAUUUCCGAAAUGACCGACAUACUUGAGUCGCGUGAAUCGAAACUUAUAGAUUUUAACAGGAGGAACGCAGAGCUGCAGGAUAUUAACAAAGAUUUGAGGGCACAGCUAGAUGCAAUAUUGUCCAAACAGUUGGAAUCGGCAGAGAUUUCGCAGGUCACCGAAGAGUACACGCAAAGGUUGUCGGCUUUGGAGAAGAAAUUCCAACAGGCGAUUAGAGAGAAAGAUAGUCUGAGAAAGCAGCUAGAACACAGCAAACAAGACGCAGCCACUCGCAUGAGUAAGGGCGAACUCGAAACGUUGAUAAACGAAAAGGACGAAACUAUAAAAGAACUGAGGGAGGAAGGGGAAAAACUAUCCAAACAACAGCUACAACAUUCUAAUAUAAUCAAAAAGUUGCGGGCCAAGGAGAAAGAGAACGAAUCCACCAUGAAGCACAUGAAAGAGAACAUCGAAAGCCUUUCGAACGAAAACGACCGUAUGAAAAAGUCCCUGACAGCCAAAGAAGAAGUGGAAAGGUCGCAGAUAGAAGCCGUGCACAAUUUAACGGCGAAAAACAAGAAACUGGAAACGGAAAUGGCGAAACUGCAGAGCCAAUUCGACGAUUUGAAGGAGAAAUACGACACAGCGAAAAAGUCAUUGGACGCCGCCAAAAAGGAAUUGCAGGACAAAAACAAAACGAGUUCGGAACUGAUGGCGAGAGAGAAAAUGCUCCAGAAUCUAGAAAGUCAAAAAAAAAUGACCGAAUCACAAAACGAAGAAAUUAUGUCGCAACUGGAAAAUUUACGAACAAAACUCAGACAGUCUGAUCAAGACUUUUUGAAGAAGGAGCAAAUUCUAAAGGCAGAGAACAACGAUUUGCUGCAGAGAUUGGAGGAGGCAGAAGCCAGAAAUGAGGAAUUGUCUCAAUCGAUUUUGGAAGUCAGUAAACCUUUGGUUCGCCAACUAGAAUCCUUACAAGCCACACACAACAUUAAAGUCGCCAGUUUUGAAAGUUUGGAACAAGAACUUACCAUGAAAAUUAGUGAAUUAAAAAGUAAACUAGUCACGGCAACUAAUACAGAGCGAUCAGCAAAGGAAGAAAACGUAAAAUUAAAAGCAAAAGUCGCUGAUGUUGAAGGACAGUUGAGUUCAGUAAGCCAUCAACAUCAAUUGUUGCAGAUGAAGUUGGACCAACAAAGUUCAGAACGGCAACUCAGCGAGAACGAGCUUAAAAGGGAAAUUGGCGAAUUAAAGAAUCAACUGAAAGAACAAAGUCAAAAACUAGAAGAUCAAUUACGUGACAUAAAUUCCCUACAGCAACAAUUGAAGAUCGAAAAAGAAACGAACGAGCUGGAGAGAAAACGGAAAAUUAUAACACAAGAGGACAAUAAUGAUCCACCUCGAAUUUCCGGUGAUCGAUCGUCUCCACAAACAGGCAGCAAUUCGCCCACGUUAAGCUUAGGCAAAGUUUCUGUAGCUGAUUCGUUAUCGAGUUCGUUUUGGUCACAGGAUGAACCGUUCGAUAUAUCACAAACUCCAAGGUAUACAAACAUGUUUGAGAUGCAAAUGCUUCAAACGAACUUGAAGCAAAAAGAUGGCGAGUUACAACAAUUGCAAUGGGAAUUGAACAGGCGAGAGCAAGAGAGGUCUCUCCUGAAUUCCGAAAUAUCCACUCUGUUGACCAAGGUGGAAGGUCUUGAGAACAGUGUUUCAGAAUUGAAUGUGGUUAAGGUACAAUUUGAUGAAUUGCAACAACAGUAUGAUACACUUUGUCAGUUGUAUGGGGAAAAAGUGGAGGAAAAUGAGGAGCUAAAACUAGAUUUACAAGAUGUUAAAGAAAUGUAUAAAGCCCAAAUAGAUGAGUUAUUAAAGCAACAGAAACAACAAAAGUAAAUACAAAUACUUUAAUUAUUUAUUACUGAAAAUAAUUUUAUUGUACACUUAAGAAUAAAUAUUUUAUCUAUAGUCUAGUCUAAAUUGCAAGGUAAGAUUGUUAAGUGAAGAUAGUUUUGAGAUUUGUUAUAUAGUUCACGCCACAUGUGUAUUAUAGAAGCGGUAACAGUUUUGUAUAAAGCAUUUACAAGAUUUCUUAAAUAUUUUGAUGCAAUACAUCAAAUUGUUUGUGAUAUACUAUACUAUUUACUCUAUGUUUUUACAUUUAUUACUUCACGUAUUCGUUGCGACAUAUUUUGAUUCAAAUUUCAAAUUGUGUAAGCUAAAAAGAGUUUUAAUCUGUGAUAAUUUAAAAUUUGUACUUGGAUAUCGCUUGUAAUAAAUUAUUUCAUUUAAAUAAAAUGUUAUUAUACCCAC